AUGGCGAGCGUUGAUCCGGGUGAUCCCAUCGUAGUUCGACGAUCCAAGCGACCAUGUUCUACCAUCUCUCCAGCCAAGUCAGCAGAACCUACUUCGUUUCAGGCAUCAACUCCAUCCAAGAAGAGACCACAGAAGAGAGCUCGAUUCUCCGAUAGCACCCUGGUAAAUGGGACGACCGGUUUAACUCCUCACGUCGGCAAGGCUUCCUUGAAAACUCCAGACCCAAGACGAGCAUCCACUCCGGCUCCGACCAGAUUCAAAGAUCAUGAUGAGAUCCAGUUUACUCCUUUUCGUGAAUGUCUCGAACCGAGAACCAUCCGAAGAAUGAGACGUCAUGGCUUGAGUGAAGAGAUGAAUCGGUUCGAGGCAGAAAAGAAAGCGGAGGCAAACGCCAUCAUCGAAUUGAAACGACAGAUCAAGUCGUUGGAAGCAGAGAUUGAGCGUCUCAAGGACCAGCUCGAUUCCACCGUUUGGGACAGCUUACGUAUCAAACAGCUAGAAGCUGAAUUGGAAGAAUUGAGACAGCGUCUCCCUUCUGACAAUGAGGAAACGGUACCAAGUGAAGGAGACGAUGCGUUUCAGAUAUAUGAAGAUGACGGAGUUGCAAACGACUACCCACUCGCGGAUGGCCACGAUGCUGUGGCAAUGGGACUGGAGUUGGAAUCCGCCCGACAAGCCAAACAUGCACUGUUCCGCUCGAGUCAGAACUCAUCCAACAGUAUCAUCAACUUUGGGGACUCACCUGUCCGUCCGGCUGCAAUGGCAAAGAGCGUUCCAUCAACUCCUGAUACCUUCCAUCAUGAUCUGUCUAAACAAUUCAAGGCCGCCACCAAUCGGGCGGAGAACGCUGAGGUUGCUCUUCAAGCUCUUGCCAUGGAAAUUUGUGGUUUAGGAUUUCCCGGCAAUGAUGAUGACGCUCUGGAAUGUAUCUCAAACAUCAAGAAUCAUUUCCGCGAGAUGCGUCUGGAACUUGAGCGAGUGAUGCCAGGAGAGACCGCUGGUUCUUUUGAUCAUACCAAACUGAUGCCUGAAAUGAUUGCCAAGCUCAAAAUGAUAUCUGAACGUGUCCGCGCCCGGGAGGCGGAAUUGAAGUCGAUGAGAGAUCAACAACGCUGCCUCAAAGGAAAUUUCGAACAUGCGAUUGUGGCAGCUGAGAAAGCCAAUUCCAGGAUCAAAGAACUGGAGGAUACAGUUGAUAAGAAUGCUGAAGAAAUGCUGGAACAGCGAAUGCGAGCACAAGCUUUGGAGCGAGAAUUGCGGGAACGUGAAUCAAACCAUCAGUCCCUCAUCACUGCCAUUGAGAAAUAUCGGGAGGAAGUCAAGCGACUAGAACAGUUGGUGCAACUAAUCGAAUCAGAGCAAGCAUCACGAAUUCAGGAUGUUCGAACUGCCACAAUAUCAGAGUUCCGUCAACAGAUUUCUGACAUGGAUGCAAAGAUUGCCGCGGAAACCCGAGGCCGACGAGCUGCGGAGGAAUCUGCCGUUGAGAGAUUGCGGAAGAUCAAUGACUUGGAAUCAGCCUUGUCUUCGGCUCGGCAACAAUCGGAAGACGUCAAAUCUCUCUUGAAGUCUCUCGAGAACCAACUUGCAGAAUCCGCGCACAGCCAUGAAGAAGAGGUUGGCGGCCUGAAUUCGAGGAUAUCCGGACUCUCCACGGCUCUCGCCGCAACGAACGUCAAGAUCGACAGCCUCGCCAAGGCCAAUGCCAGACUGGAAGAGCGUUACCGAAAUGAAGUCGAGCAAGGAGCUGAAACUCUGGAGCGAAUUCAGAACGAAAACAUUCGAAGUGCGGCGAAAGUCAACGAGAUGAGAAAGAGUUACAUUCGUGGUGCAAAAGUCAGAUUGGCCAAUUGGGAGUUAGAAAGUGACGAACUCACCUCCGACGACAUUACGCCAAUGACACCGGUCAGCAUUGUUCGCUUCUCGGACGUCGAAGGAACGGACAUUCACGUCGAAGGCGGCGUUGAGAUGUCGCGGGGCAAGAGUCGUCGACGUGGAUUCAUUCCAGGUUUGGGCAUCAUGAAACGUGGUGGUCGUCGAUACGACAGUGGAAUUGGCAUGGAUUCAUUGAGCGAGGCAGAUGAAGAUGAGACCUCUCCCGACCUCAUGUCUCCGGACUUGAGCUCGGAAGCAGAUAUGGGCCACGACAUGGAUCCUAGUGUCGACAACACGGUUUGA